GCUGUUUAGUUGAUAACGAUAGACGAUACUGACAAUACAGUGCAGAAGUUUUUAGUUUACGUUUACUCUAUAAUCUUUAAUGGUUACUUACAAUUAUACAAUUUUAUCUAAACCAAAUAAGUAGCUGAGCUGUUGAGCACUAUCCUAUCUUAAACAUUUCACACAUCUAUUCAGACAGAUUUAAAUAAGUAUUGGGACGAUUCAGAACAUUGGAAACGAAUUUUUAUCAUCAAGUGUACGACUUAACAAUGGAGUUCAGAAAGUACUUGCUGCAUUACAGGAGACUGUCAAGUCACCACAUUCAAGAACUAUGGUCCAACGUUCACAAGAAUGGAAUAAAAGCGGACUACUUGAGAGACAUACUGAUGUUCUAUCUACAGCAUCGUGUAUAUCCACCAGUUGUACAGAAAUCUUUUGACUCACUUGUUAUGAAACUGAUGGACCAACAAGCUACAAAGAAGAUGAAAAAUGUUAUCAUACAAAUAAUCAGUGAAAUUGUUCACUGUUUGGCUCCAAACGCAGUUAUCGAUGGAAUUUUCAUGCAUGGGAGCAGUUCAAUGAACAUGGACUUAUUAAACUGCCUCCUUGUGAAUCCAGUCUUACCUAAAUUGGAAAGCAGGAUCAUUGAAAGAGUCAUAAGUCUUCUCCAGGAGAGCAAAUUAAAUGUUGUAUCAAUGGAAGAUCGUUGUAGAGCACUUGUUUUCCUAACCACCACCUGCCCACUCGACUUAUGUGAAAUGCUAAACCAGCAAAUCAUUGAAUGGCUACAAUAUUCGCAAUCCAAAUCAACAUCUCAGAUUUUCUUCAGAUCAGAUCUCACUGAACUGGAUGGUAGUCCUCCGGCAUCCCUCACAACUGUUCUUAGUCAGAGUAGUAAUAUGACAACAGAUCACGUGAUGAGUGUAAUUGUCUUCUCUCAAAUAAGACAAUGGCUGUCGUCAUCACGAAGCUGUGUGAGAGAGGACCUUUUGGUUGUGGUAUUUUCUCACUGCAGUGUGCUGGUGGAGCAAAGCAUGAGAAAGGCGACUGUACAGGAAGACAUUCUGUUACAAGUUGCAGUUCGUUGUGAAGUCCUGGACAUUUUACACACGAUUGUGGAAAUUCGACCAAAUCUCUACAAAGAUGCUCUGAUUAUCGUCAAGCAGCUUGAAACGUUGAAUGACUCUUACUUGCAAAUACGAAUAUGGAGGUUUUAUUUGUGUUUUGACAAAUAUGGAUGUGCUGAUCGUGUAUCGGAGAAGAACAUGCAAAAUCUUAUCUCGAAGUCGAUUUCAAAUGGAACAAAGUGCUAUGAAAUAGCGAGCCUACUUGUAGAAAAGUCCGAUGCCCUGAGGCCAUUGUUCAUCAAAUAUCAUUCGAAUUUUUUGAAGAUGUUCGCCAUGCAUCCUCAUGCACUACUAGAGGAGUACUUGCAACUAAUCCAAUUCCUAACUUGCGAUAAAGACUUCAUUGUUGAGAUAUUCCACCGAAUCUUAGACCUUCCAGUGCAAUCAGCCACAAUUUGUGUGAGCCAAACUACUGCUCUCAUACAAGCUGGAUACUCGGAUCCAGUUCUCGUGAAGAUGCAUCAAACUGUGCAAACGGCCGGCUUCAAAGAGUGCUCCGAUCAUUUCAUGAUGGCAUGUUCCUCUGGCGAUCACACGUCUCAACUCAUACAUCUGUAUCCAGACUAUUUUGCCUUGAUGGAAAAUUUAAGUAGUCAAGGUCUAGUACAGACAUGCAGUCAAGCUGUGCCUUUGCUUCUUGACAAGUUCCUUUUAGAGACUCUGAAAUCACAUGAUUCAGCAGAAAAACUUCUUCCCGACAUGCUUAGAAGAAUGGCUCUGAUAUUUGAAGUUCCUGGCUAUAAGGAGCAGAUCCACACGAUAUUCUGGAAUCAUCUGAGGACCAUAUUUGAUGCGUACAUUGAAUUGAUCAAUCACGAAUCAGUAUUGCAGUUUAUAUCCAAUGUCAAGAACAUGGAGCUUUCGCCGAGUGUCUACAUGUGUCUGGUGACAGCAGUUGGAAAUUACACCAAAAAGCCUGAAUUACUGUCAGAGCAUUUUGAGAUAGUAGAAUGUGCUCUGUGGGAGAUGCUCACCAACAAAAAAAUGCAGGAGCCACAAAAAGAUACAAUUGAUCACAUGAGUCAGAUGGUCACUGCACUUGCCAAGCUUUCUUGUAGGAGUCAAGAUCUUCUUCCCAGAGCACUGCUGUCGUUGAAUAGAGUAAUUGCUCAAGCAAGUACGCUGCGAGCAGCUGAGCUCACCAAGCUAAGCCAGCUCGCAUCCCUGCUCAAAAAUCCAAAUAUCGCAAGUGUUGUGCUGGCACCAUCUUCAGAAACUGAUGAAACAAUGGCUGUUAUGUUGAAAGCAGUUUCUGUGUUCAUGGAAUCUUGACGAAAGUCCUUACAAUCGCUCCGAUGAAAUCUGUUAAUGUUAACACUAUGAAGGACUUCUAUUAUCAGCUCCCUUCAAUUUUGUUAUAUGACAAUAUCUUACUAAAUGAGACUGAAUUUUAUAUCAAUAAAUUAAUAUUUUAUAUUAUUAUUAUUAUUAUUAUUAUUAUUAUUAUUACUAUUAUGCCAAAGGUUUGAAAUAAAUUUUAUCAUAUGUUA